CCACGCCGCAACCAUGGCCGAGAACUCCAAACUGCAGCUGUUUGUCAAGGCCAGCGAGGACGGAGAGAGUGUGGGCAACUGCCCCUUCUGCCAGCGGCUCUUCAUGAUCCUUCUCCUCAAGGGGGUCCCCUUCACGCUCACCACGGUGGACACCAAGAGGUCCCUGGACGUACUGAAGGACUUCGCCCCAGGCUCCCAGCUGCCCAUCCUGCUCUACGACGGGGAGGCCCGGACGGACACCCUUCAGAUCGAGGAGUUCCUGGAGGAGACGCUGGGACCGCCCAAUUUCCCCAGCCUGGUGCCCCGCUACAAGGAGUCCAACACGGCCGGCAACGACGUCUUCCACAAGUUCUCGGCCUUCAUCAAGAAUCCCGUGCCCUCCCAGGAUGAGGCGUUGCACAGGAUGCUGCUGCGGGCGCUGCUGAAGCUGGACGGCUACCUGAGUAGCCCACUGGAGCACGAACUGGAGCGGGAGCCCCGGCUCACCCAGUCCCGCCGCCGGUUCCUGGACGGUGACCAGAUGACCCUGGCCGACUGCAGCCUCCUGCCCAAGCUGCACAUCGUCAACACGGUGUGCGACCACUUCCGCCAGGCCCCCAUCCCCGCCGAGCUGCGGGGGCUGCAUCGUUACCUGGCCAACGCCCUCCAGAUCAAGGAGUUCAAGUACACGUGUCCCCAGACGGCGGAGAUCCUGGCCGCUUACAAGCCCGUUGUGAGACCCCUCCCCUGAGCCCUCGUGGGAAUUUGGAUGGUGGGGGGGGGGGGGGGGAGCUGACACCCCAGGCCGCGCCCGUCCCGGAGCACAUCCACCCUGGACUCCCCGAGGCCCGGCCGGGCCGCGGCGGACGAUGGGCUCCCGGGAAUGCCGAGGACGGGAAUAAAAGUUUUGCGUUCAGGUGGUGUGCGGCUGCCGCAGAGCUGGGGGGCGCGGGGGCGGUCCCCUGGGUACGCCGGACCAGAAUGAGAGGGUGGGUCGGGGGCUCUGGGAUCUCCCUGGCCCGGCCCAUCUCGUCCCCUAAGGCAGAGACGGCAAGCGCGGCCCUGGCUGGCUCCCCUUCCCUCCCCUCCCCGGGAGUAGGCGAUGCCGGAGAACGUGGAAAACCAGUCUGCCCCGGUC